AUGUCCACCAGGAAUGCAGAACACGACUCUGAAGUCAAUCAGGGAUCGUUGAGAUUCCCACCGGGCUCUUACGAUUAUGCUCACCUGAGUGGAGGGGACCCGAUCGACGAGGAGAACUGGGGUCGGCAAAGAUCAUCGUCAUUCUCCCGCCUCCGACAAGCAGGUGGCCCGAACAGUAUCGAUAACUUUGCUCGCUCAUGGCAAAGAGCAGCCUGCUUCCCACAGGUGCUCCCGCGACGCGCUUCGUUCGUAUCGGCCGACUCUGACGAUGAGUUCGAAAUCGCAACCGGGGGCAAUUAUGGCCCCAGGUCGGGGGAGCGGCCUCUUCUCUCCGAGGACGAGGCGGAUGACGACGACGUGGAGGAGCACGAUUCGAUGGCGCAUGCGCAUGCAAGCCCUAGAAGGGCUCUUCCGACCACCGGCCUUCUUGCCUCGUCUGUGGAUAGAAGUAUUGCCACCUCAUAUGGCACGAUCUCGUCGCGCGUGAGUGAGUCGACCAGGCGACAUGCCAUUCAAUUUCACCGUGAGCAACUUGCCCGUGUAGAUGGCUCGGGGGCUAUUGAUCGAGAACCCCUGUUGCUUAAGCAUGUGGAGCAUGAAGAUGGUACGCAUGAAGAAAUUGUGAUUGGUCAAUCGACGGUGCCGCAGACCGUCUUCAACUCGGUCAAUGUGCUGAUCGGCAUUGGAUUACUGAGUCUUCCGCUGGCCAUGAAGUACGCUGGAUGGCUGCUUGGUCUACUGUUCCUUGUUUACUCUGCAAUCACUACUGCCUAUACAGCCAAGAUUUUGGCCAAGUGUCUCGACGUGGACCGGUCUCUCGUUACCUAUGCCGAUCUUGCCUACAUUAGCUUCGGACAAAACGCUCGCCUCGUUACAAGUUUCCUCUUCUGCUUGGAGUUGUUGGGAGCAUGUGUGGCCUUGGUGGUGCUAUUUGCAGACAGCUUGUAUGCCCUGGUUCCCGGCCUCAGCAUUCUCCAAUGGAAGAUGGUAUGUGGGCUGGUGUUGAUUCCUCUAAACUUUUUACCUUUAAGAUUUCUUAGCGUGACUAGCAUUCUGGGUAUCAUAUCAUGCACCUCAAUUGUGAUUCUCAUCUGCGUGGAUGGCUUAAUCAAGCCAAAUGCCCCGGGCUCUCUACAACAGCCAGCGAGCACAUUUCUCUUCCCCGAAAACUGGGCCACUCUGCCCUUAAGUUUUGGUCUCAUUAUGUCACCAUGGGGUGGACACGGUGUAUUUCCUAAUAUCUAUCGAGACAUGAGACAUCCUAAGAAAUAUGGCAAAAGUCUCUGGGCCACAUAUCUAUUUACAGGUUCGCUGGACUGUUCCAUGGCCAUCAUCGGUUGGCUCAUGUUUGGGGACAUCGUUCGCGAUGAAGUCACAGCGAACAUCCUCAGUGAAGAUGCCUACCCCCGGGCUUUGUCUGUUUGUAUUAUUAUUUUCGUUUCAAUCAUCCCGUUGAGCAAGGUGCCACUAAAUGCCCGGCCCUUAGUGGCCACAUUUGAAGUCAUCUGUGGUGUUGGUGUGGGAGCCACUUCUACCCGGAGAGAGGGAGUCCAGGAGUUGAUUCGAGCUUUGGUUCGUGUUUUUACAGUGGCUCUCAUUGUCGUCCUUUCCGUGAUAUUCCCAGCCUUCGACAGAAUCAUGGCCUUCCUUGGGUCCUUCCUGUGCUUUUCCAUCUGCAUCAUCUUCCCUCUCGCGUUCUAUCUCAAGAUCUUCGGAAAGGAGAUAAGCCGACGUGAGCGGAUUCUGGACUGGUUUUUGCUCAUCACGUCCACAAUUCUGGCGGCCGUGGGGACCAUUUGGGUGUUUCUGCCGCAUGAAAUGAUCUCUGGGGCUUGA